CUCGCCAGCUACAGCAGGCGUGAAAGUUAUGGGUGAAGACGAAGAAGAUAUUCGUUUAAUUCUCCAGGGUGUUUGCACGGUACUUUCUGCUGCCGCUUCUAGAUCUACGAGGCGUUCAUUCCUGCGACUGAUGAUCAGUUUUGGUCUAAUGAUCUAUGCUAUUGGUGCUAAGUCUACUCAGCCUGAGCUUGACGGCUUCAAGGAUUGCUUUCCAUGCAUGGUUCUACAUUGUUGUCUGAUUCUUGGUUUACAAAUCGUCUCUUCGGAUAUUACUUCAAGCGAAUCUUCACAAUCAGACAAUUGUGGCAAUGAAAGCACACUCACAUCUAGAGACGAUAACGAUGCAAGAGAAGACUGUACUCAAAUUGAAGCUAGUGAUGACUGCUUGUACACUCAUUGGUCAGCACAAAGUGACAAGUUUGAAGAGGAUCCAUGUAACAAUAGCUCUGCUAAUGUUAAACAACUGUCUAUCAACCAGCAUCUCAACAGACUUGUGGCCACAGCUGCCUGUGACUCGGACGGUGACAGUGAUGAUGAUGUGUGUGAUGAAUACAGAGGAGAUGCAUUUACUCAACAAGGUGAUCAUGUUACCUGUUCAAGCCAUUUGCAAGACUUGGCACCUCUUUCAUUUGGCCAUGAAUCAUUUUCUGUUGAGUCAACAGGGAGCUCGAACUUUCAGCCAACAAGAUCGAGUGAAGUUCCAUUACAAGGUUAUGGUGAUAUUUCCAAACAACAUGUACAAUUGAAAAUCACUGAAUGCGUAACUGAUGCAAAGGCUGUCGGUGUUGUCAAUGUCUUAGGCUAUGACAACGUUGAGAAGUUUUUCAUCAGUAAACUGUGUGGUGUUAACUUGGCCUCAACAAAUGAUACUAGUGUCGAUGACAGUGAUUCUAAAUUAUUUUCAAAAUGGCAGCUAACUCAACUAUUGUAUUGUGUUGACCAAGAAGACAGGCUAGUCUGGGAAGUUUCUGAACCAGUAAAAGGAACGGCAAUCCAGCCAAUUCUGUGCAAUACACCAUCUGUUCCACUAAUUAUCAUUGCUUCCAGCACUCAAUUGGAAGAGUUUCAGUUAUCUCACAAAACACCAUUGGUCAAUGAUUUACAUUUCUUUCUUGAUGUUCUCGGACUCUCCUCACGAAACCAAUACGGCCAUAGUUGUCUAACACCUGUAAUUGUCAUCUGUUCCUGUGGCGAUAACCAUUGCAUCAAUGAGGAGGAACUCGGAUCUUUGAUUUUUCAAGAGUUUUAUUUUCAUUCAGAUUUUUUAUUUAGCCUCACACCUUUAUUUAAUAACUACAACAAAAUAGUGCAAGCAAUAAAGACAUUGAUUCACGUUGCAUCACCAUGGCUGGAGUUGGAAAAAAUGGUAGUCGUAGCAAGAUGUGAGGGGAACGAGACAUUCAGUGUGAGCAACGUGCAGUCUGCAAUCACCCAUAUGAAAAGUCUAAAUGCUGACUUUGUUGAUUCAACGGUAGUGGCCAUAGAGCAUCUUGAAGCUAACGGGUUGAUUGUAGCUGGUGGCUCUUCUGUUCAACUAAAGGACAGAAAUUAUGCUCAGCGUAAUGGCAGUCAGAUUGAGGAUUUCCUUCCACUGCUGUUGCAACCGAAAACUUUUUCUGAUUGUGUGAACAGACUCUUUUACAGCUGCAAUGUAUCCAAUGAAAAUCUGAGCAGAUGCCGUGUUCCAGGAGCUUAUCAAUAUGGUCUCAUUCCAAAAGAGAGCGUUAAGGAAAGUUUGAGUGAUGUCAUUGUAUCCUCGGUUCAUUACGUUCUCCACAAAACGGCAACUUUGUUGGAUCCACUGUUUAUUUCUUGGUAUCACUCAAACUGUACAGAAAAGGUUUAUGUGGCCGACAGUAGUGCUGAUAUACUUGACACUAAUCUAGAGAGUCUCUCAACAAAUGCCAGACACAGCGUUCUUAUUCCUGCUUUAUUGAAGCAACAGUCCCACAGCAGUCUACCGAAUGGAUAUGUCAGCACAAGUCCACUUGCUUUCCGUCAACCAGGACCAUAUCAGAGAGGCAUUCCUUUAUCAGUAUUUUACCGUUUGAUUGCUUUUCUGAUGAAGCACUUUCCUAUUUAUGUGAAGUGCUUUAAACAUUCUGCAAGAUUUCACAUAGAGCCACACCACCUAUUAGAUAUCGAGUACAUGAAACACUACAUUAAAGUUACAGUGCACAUUCGUACCACUGAUCAGCCAAUUUCUUUUGCAAGUGGUCACGUUUGUUCUACUGUCAAGGAAAUGAUUGCUUCACAACUCAAUGAUCUAACUCACACACUGAACACUAAGGAUAAUCUGAAGCUGCAACCAGCUGUUCUUGUCUCAGGAAAUGAGGAAGAUUUUGUUGACUUGCAUAACUUAAAUGAUUUGAAUUCUCUGACUGUUGACAGUCCAUUGUAUUCUAUCGGUGGAAAUGUUUACUAUCUGAGCAAUGACUUCUAUCUCUGGUUUGGACAAGUUGGACAGAUACCAAAUGUCAGUAGAAUUCAAAGUCAAUUCUUUGAGUUGUCAAAUAGAAUUGACCCUCUACGUGCAUCAGCAUGGCUAUAUCAAAGACAAGUCAUUCAUCAGUCAGACCUCGACAGAAUCUUAACUCUAGAUGAAGCUGCUCGUAGCCUGCUGUUACUAAGAACACUGGAGAAACAAGAAGAAAGGGGAUUGAAAGCACUAGAUGACAUUAUGCAGCAGGAAACACUUUGGAAGUCUAGCAAUCAGAACAAAAACUUGGUUGAGGCCGGGACACAAACAACUGCUGUCUUUGACAUGAGUUUCCAUGAUCAACAUGUACCGACAACCAAUAAGGAACAAAAUUCUGUCAUACCAGAUCCAGGUGUUGUAGCCAAUAGAAGAUAUCGCAAUCAGAGCCAGUUGAACCAGCUCAAUGGCAAGUCUGAUGUUACAGCGAGUGAAUCACAAAGUGCUGAUACUAUUGGACACAGCAGUUCUCUUGGACGUAAGAAGCUUCAGCAAUCUCACAUCGAAUUAGAACAACAGACUAGAUCGUUGUCUCUCAAUAUUGAAAACACUAAACAAGUUGCCAUUUCAUCAUCCCAAAGGGUUGCUUCAAUUUCUCCACUAGACUCUCGACCAGUGAUUGCUCCAUCAGUGUCGGUCACUCGGACCGGUCUCCAAGAGCAAGAGAUGGUCUUUCCUCGAUCACACUCAAAAUCACCAGAAUUCACUGCCUUGGGCCUCUCCUUACAAGCUGCAGGCAAUACUAAUACACAAUCAGAGCUAUCUGAAUGGAAUACAGAUAUAAAGCAUGUCAAGCAAGAUCCCGACAUUCAUCCAAUAUUUGAGUGCAAAUAUUAUCAUGUUGAAAGAGCCACUGAUGGUUUCAACGAACGCUCGAUGAACGACGGCGGCAAGCGACUGGGAGUUGGUUCAUUUGGAAUGGUAUUUCAUGGUGUACUGCACUCUGAAACAGGUCAAAAAUUUGAAGUGGCCGUCAAGCGACUGAAGAAGGCAUCUAGUUUGAAUUCUGCUCAAGUUGAGCUUAGUCGGAAGCAAUUCGGCACUGAAAUGAACUUACUUACUCGCUAUCUCCACAAGAAUGUCGUUCGUCUUAUCGGAUUCUCUAGUGAUGGGCCUCAACUGUGUCUGAUUUAUGAGUAUCUGCAGAGAGGAGCCUUGUCACACAGACUGGACUGCAAGAACAAUACUUCUCCUCUCAACUGGCAAGUCCGUUUGUCAAUCGGCAGAGACAUCGUGUCUGCCUUAGAGUUUCUUCACACAUCAUAUCGGCUGCCAGUCAUACAUCGCGAUGUUAAGUCGUCGAACGUUCUUCUGGGACCCAACUUUGAGGCAAAAUUGAGCGACUUCGGUCUGGCCGUAAUCGGUGAUGCUGACGGCGAACUUCAACCAGAGUCACCAGGACAGCCCUCAUUUGGAACGCGUCCAUAUAUGGCUCCAGAGGCACUGCAGGGAGUCAUAUCUACGAAGGGAGACGUCUUUGGUCUUGGAGUGAUUAUUUUUGAGUUGGCAACAGGGCUUCCUCCAUACUCAAGCAAGAAGAAGCAAGACUUGAAAUCCUAUUUGGAGGAUAUGGAACGUCAACAUGUUGACUUGAUGAAAAUGCUGGAUCCCAAAGCUCGAUGGCCGAAUGGCAGAGACAAAAUGGUCGGGCUCGAUUUAUUGAAUGUGGGGAAGCUGGCAACAGAGAGAGAUCAGAAAAAGAGACCAGAUGUAACAGAGGUAUUUCGUCGACUACAUUCACUAAGUCAAUAGAAUGUCAAGCAGGGAUUGACGUCUAUUACUGUUGCUCUGUAAGUGAGAGAAAUGCAAGUAUUUGCAAUGACAUUGAUAUGAUAUCUUCUAGCUGUAUUGAGUGUGUAGGAUUGUCUUUACAGUUACAGUAGACUGUUCAGUAUAUACAUAUUAUAGUGAUAUUGUAUUGUUGCA